AUGAAGAACAACAAUAAUAAUAUUGUUGUCAAUGCUCGUCACUCAGAACACCUUUUGAAGGUGUUCCAAACCCAUCACACCGAUGGAGAAAGACAAAUUGAACCAGUGACCUCAGAAUCUACAGACACAGAGGUUAAACUGAUAGAUGUAUCAACUAUGUCCUUUGCUAAAUUCAAUUCUAUUGAAGAAAAUUUGGAUAACAUCGCCCUUGCUGCUUUGAAGGGUCGUCAAACUCUUCAAGUUUUGUACGCUUAUCAACAAAUAUCCUUAGAAAUUAUUUCCAGAUGGAUCUGUCAUGGCUUUGAAGAUGAUGUAUCCGUACUCUGUGCACUUGCCAGAUCAUGUGGUCCAUUCCCAGAGUCUGCCAGUUUAGCCGAACACUUCCUUGAUAAGAAUAAGAACAUUUUACAACAAAGAGCCACCAGUAAUGCUACUCUAGAAAGCUUAUUAUUGGCAUUCUAUAGACUUAUGGCUCACGAUACCCAUAGAUUCAAGCGUUUUGUAUUCCCAGAAGUAUUGUACGGUGUAUUAGAAAAUGUUUCUACCACCAAUAUUGCUAAAUACUUGACAGUCGAAAUAAUUAGCAUCUAUUUGAACGCUUCUGAAACUUCUCGCCAUACAAUGAUUGCAAACCAUGUUGAAAAAAGUAGCGAUUCCUUGAUCGGAUCUUAUGAUGACGUAGUUGGAAUCGACUUUACUUUCCUAGCAUUAAUUGAGGCCAAGAGAUUGUCAAACUUUGCCAACUUGCCAAAGAUUGAAUCAACUUCUACCUCUUCCUCAUAUAUUAUAGAACCUAAACAUUUGUCACCAUUGGUGGUAUCUGUUUGUGGCGUUUUGGUUCCAAAAUUGUUAGAAACCAAGCAUAAUGCCGCCUCUACUACUGACAUCGCUAAUAUCGAUACAUUUGUCCCCACCGAUAGUGCAGUGAAUGUACUUCGUCAACUUGCAGCCCAUAUCCAACAAAAUCACCCUAUUAUGCUCCAUGGUAGUGCAGGUGCUGGUAAAUCAUUUCUCAUUUCAGAACUUGCUCGUCGUAUGUCAUAUGAGCAUGCAAUUGUAAAGAUUCAUUUAGGUGAACAAACAGAUGCAAAGUUACUUUUGGGUACAUAUGCAUCUGGAGAAAAGCCAGGAACUUUCCAAUGGCGUGCAGGUGUUCUCACUACCGCUGUACAACAGGGACGUUGGGUUGUCAUUGAAGAUAUCGACCAAGCCCCUACUGAAGUCUUAUCUGUAUUGUUAACACUUUUGGAAAAGAAGGAGCUUACAAUUCCGUCCAGAGGAGAAAUCAUUAAGGCUGCAAACGGCUUUCAAUUAAUUUCUACUGUCAGAACAGCCAAUGAAAAAUCUUCAUUACCUGAUUUGAUUGGUCUCAGAUUAUGGGACUUGGUUCAUGUAAGUACACCUGCUGAAGUCGAUUUACGUAACAUCUUGCAAAGCAGAUUCCCAAUUUUGGGUCGCUUUAUUGCAAGAUUCAUUAAAUGUUUCAAUGAAAUUGUUCGUAUCUACAGCACCAACACAUUUAUAACGUUAAAUCGUGGUUCCCACCCUCGAGUGAUUUCCUUCAGAGAUUUGAUGAAGUUGUGCUCAAGAUGUAAUGCCAUGUUCGCAAAUGAAGGUAUCACUUCUAUCGAAGGUAGUGUUCUCCUUUCGUCACACAUAUAUGAUCAGAUCUUUGCCGAAGCUGUUGACUGUUUUGGAUCUGCAAUUACCGAACACGCAGCAUUGGUUCCCUUGGUCAAUACCAUUGGUGAACAUUUGGAAAUCCCAACGUCCAGAAUAAAUUUGUUCAUGACUAAGCAUGUACCUACAUUCAUCAACAAUGAUGAGUCUUUGAAGAUCGGUAGAGCCGUUCUUCCAAAAUCUUCUGCUGACAAGGCUUUGAACAUUGCUAAAUCUAGUAGUAACUUUGCACGUACAAACCAUUCUCUUCGUUUGAUGGAACAGAUCGGAGUCUGCAUCCAAAUGGUUGAACCAGUUUUGUUGGUUGGUGAGACCGGUACUGGUAAAACCACAGUGGUGCAACAAGUUGCUCGAAUGAUGAACAAGAAGUUGACUGUAAUCAAUGUUUCUCAACAAACCGAAUCUGGUGAUUUAUUGGGUGGGUACAAACCAGUUAAUACCAAAACAGUAGCUGUCCCACUUCAAGAGAUUUUUGAGAACCUUUUCAUUGCCAGUUUUUCUAAAAAGAAGAACGAAAAAUUUGCUCAAGUACUCACCAAAUGUUUCAACAAAAGUCAAUGGAAGAACGUCAUUAAAUUAUGGAGGGAAGCCGUAAAAAUGGCCAAGACAACUUUGGUUGUAGAAGAUGUCACUCCUGAACCAGAAACUGGUGACAACACUCCACCUCCUAGCAAGAAGCGCAAGCUUUCAUCUAACCAGAAGGCUAUUCUUCUUGAAAAGUGGGUCGACUUCGAGUCGAGAGUACAAGAAUUUGAACUUCAAGUGAUUACACUUGAUUCUUCUUUUAUCUUUAACUUUGUUGAAGGUUCCCUUGUCAAGGCUGUACGUAAUGGCGAAUGGUUGCUACUCGAUGAAAUCAAUUUGGCUUCUUCAGAUACUUUGGAAAGUAUUGCCGACUUGUUAUCUGAGACAUUAAGCCAGAGAUCUGUCUUAUUGACAGAAAGAGGUGACGUCGAAGCUAUUACUGCCCACCCAGAGUUCCGUAUCUUUGGUUGUAUGAAUCCUUCCACUGAUGUUGGUAAGAGAGAUUUACCUCCAUCUAUUCGUUCUCGUUUCAGUGAGCUUUAUGUUCACUCUCCAGAUAAGGACAUUAAUGACUUGUUAUCUAUCAUUGACCAAUAUAUCGGUCGCUUUGCUGUUGCAGACGAAUGGGUAGGUAACGACAUUGCGGAAUUAUACUUGGAAGCCAAAAAGUUAUCUGAAAGUAACAAAAUCGUCGACGGUGCUAACCAACGCCCUCAUUUCAGUAUUCGUACAUUGACUAGAACCUUGGUUUACGUCUGUGACAUUGUGUCAAUUUAUGGUUUACGUAGAGCCCUCUACGAAGGGUUCUGCAUGUCUUAUUUGACAUUGUUGGAUGCUACAUCUGAACAGGUAUUACAUGAAGUGAUUGUUAAGUACACCUUAGGAAGACUCAAGAAUGCAAAGUCUGUUAUGAGACAAACUCCUCCUCUGCCAGAACCUGCUUCGCAAUUUGUCCAAUUCAAGCAUUAUUGGAUGAAGCGUGGUCCAAGUGCAAUUGUCCCACAACCUCACUAUAUCAUCACUCCAUUCGUGGAGAAGAAUAUGUUGAACUUAGUUCGUGCUACAGCCGGAAGAAGAUUUCCAGUCCUUGUACAGGGACCAACAUCAGCCGGUAAGACUUCUAUGAUUAAUUAUUUGGCAAACAUCACCGGUCAUCAGUUUGUUCGUAUCAACAAUCAUGAACAUACUGAUUUGCAGGAAUACUUGGGUACAUACAUGUCUGAUUCAACCGGAAAGUUGGUCUUUAAAGAAGGUGUCCUUGUGGAGGCUUUGAGAAAGGGUCACUGGAUUGUAUUGGAUGAAUUGAAUUUAGCUCCUACUGAUGUCUUGGAAGCUUUGAACCGUUUACUUGAUGACAAUAGAGAACUUUUCAUUCCUGAAACUCAGGAAGUUAUUCGUCCACAUCCAGACUUUAUGUUGUUUGCUACUCAAAAUCCUCCUGGACUCUACGGUGGAAGAAAAUUCCUUUCGAGAGCUUUCCGUAACAGAUUCUUAGAAUUGCAUUUUGACGACAUUCCUCAAGAUGAAUUGGAAGUUAUUUUACGUGAACGUUGUCAAAUUGCUCCUACUUAUGGUAAGAAGAUUGUUGAGGUCUACAGACAAUUGUCUAUUCAACGUCAAUCCACUCGUCUUUUCGAACAGAAAAAUUCCUUUGCAACUUUGAGAGAUUUAUUCCGUUGGGCAUUAAGAGAAGCAGUUGGAUACGAAGAAUUAGCUGCGAAUGGUUAUAUGUUGCUUGCCGAAAGAGUUCGUAAACCUGAAGAAAAAGCGGUUGUCAAGGCCACUAUCGAGAAGGUUAUGCGAGUUACUUUAGACAUUGAUGCAUACUAUUCAAAGCUUGAAGAAGAGGCUUUGAAAGAGGUUACAAGUAGUAACAGUUUGGGAAUUGUUUGGACUAAAGCCAUGCGCCGUCUUGCAGUUCUAGUUCAUACCUCGAUGAAGUACAAAGAACCUUUGUUAUUAGUCGGUGAAACUGGAUGUGGUAAGACUACUGUUUGUCAAAUUAUUGCUCAAUACUUGGGUCGUCGUUUGGUUACUGUUAACGCUCAUCAAAACACUGAAACUGGUGAUAUCUUGGGUGCUCAGAGACCCGUCAGACAUAGAUUUGAAACUCAAAGUAUAUUGUACAAUAACUUGUUACAAUUAUAUUCCAAAUUAAAUGUUGAAACUGACCUUGAAGAAUCUAAUCUUGAAAAUAUGCUCAAGAAGUAUGAUACAAUUAAGGACAAAUUACACGAAGACGAAUCUCUUAAGGAAGAUCUUGCUGAAAUUGAUGCAGGAAGACGUAAUGCUUCUAUUCUUUUUGAAUGGAAUGAUGGUCCUCUUGUUCAAGCAAUGAAGAAUGGUGAUUUCUUCCUUCUUGAUGAAAUUUCGUUGGCUGAUGAUUCAGUAUUGGAAAGACUUAACUCUGUUCUUGAACCUGAACGUAGUUUGUUACUUGCUGAGAAGGGAAAUGACGACUCUUUUGUAACCGCUGCAGAAAACUUCGAGUUCUUAGCAACAAUGAAUCCAGGUGGUGACUAUGGUAAAAAGGAGUUAUCACCAGCUUUAAGAAAUCGUUUUACAGAAAUUUGGGUUCCUUCUAUGGAAGACUUUAAUGAUGUGCGUCAAAUUGUUGGCUCUAAGUUGAACGAAAGAGUUUCUAACCUUGCUGAACCGGUUGUUCAAUUUUCUGAAUGGUAUGGGAAGACUUACGGUUCUGGUAAUGCUUCUAGCGGUGUUAUUUCUCUCAGAGAUAUCUUGGCUUGGGUUCAAUUUAUCAAUGCUUGUGAUGAUAACGUGAAUGUUGAUGCCGCCUUAUUACAUGGUGCUGCUAUGGUAUUCGUCGACGCCCUCGGUACCAACAAUACAGCUUACUUGGCAGAAAGUGAAAAGAGGCUAAAUGAAGAAAAGCGUAUGUGUGUCAAGAAAUUGUCUGAAUUUGCUGGUGUUGAUUUGUUACAAUACUAUGGAGGAAACUUCAAAGUCAUUGUUGACAAUGAAAAGUUGACCAGUGGGUUUUUUAGCAUUGCCAAGAAGGAAUCUACCGAGAAAGAACAAUUGCUGUUUAACCUUGAAGCCCCAACUACUGCUGCCAAUACUAUGCGGGUUAUUAGAGCCAUGCAAGUUAGCAAGCCUAUUCUUUUAGAAGGUAGUCCAGGUGUGGGUAAAACUAGUUUGGUCUCUGCGCUUGCUAAGGCCACUGGUAAUCCACUUGUGAGAAUCAACUUGUCCGAACAAACUGAUUUAGUCGACUUGUUUGGUAGUGAUGCUCCAGCUGAAGGUGGUAAGACUGGAGAAUUUGUUUGGAGAGAUGCUCCAUUUUUAAGAGCAAUGCAAAGAGGUGAGUGGGUAUUGUUGGAUGAAAUGAAUUUAGCUUCUCAAUCUGUUCUUGAAGGUUUAAACGCUUGUUUGGAUCACAGAGGUAGUGCUUAUAUUCCAGAAUUGGACAAGACUUUUGAAAGACACCCAGGGUUUGUUGUAUUUGCUGCUCAAAAUCCUCAAUAUCAAGGUGGUGGUAGAAAGGGUUUACCAAAAUCUUUUGUUAAUCGUUUCCUGGUUGUUUAUGUGGACGUAUUGAAGGAACAAGAUUUAAGUAUGAUUUCACAACAUUUAUAUCCACAAGUUGAUCCUCUGGUUAACUUGAAAAUGAUCAAAUUUAUUUCUCGUUUGGAAGAAGAAGUAUCUGUUCGCCGUGCUUGGGGUCAUAGUGGUGGUCCAUGGGAAUUUAACUUGCGUGAUACUUUACGUUGGUUAGAUUUAUACAGUACUCGUGGAUUACAAGCAAAUGUUUCCCCUGCCGAUUUCCUUGAUAUGGUUGUUUUGCAAAGAUUUAGAACCCCAGAAGAUAGACAAAAGGCUUCCAACCUUUACAAAGAAGUAUUUGGCACUCAUUUUGAAUCUCGUCGUGACAACUAUUAUUCUAUCGGUAAGACUUUUGUUCAAGCUGGUGCUGCAGUAAUCUCGAGAAGAGAUCUUGUCCACCAUAGUACAGGCAAAUACCAUAAGGCGUUGCAAUGUAACUUUGGUCUUUUAGAAUCUGCUAUUCGUUGUAUUAACCUUAACUUACCACUUAUCCUUACUGGUCCUACCAAAUCAGGAAAGACCGAGCUUAUUAGAUUUCUUGCUGAUGCAGUUGGUUCUCAAAUUGAUGAAUUUGCAAUGAAUAGUGAUGUCGACAGUAUGGAUAUUCUUGGUGGAUAUGAACAAGUUGAUCUUGAAAGAGGAGUAACCAAACUUUCUCUUAGUGUUCGUGCUAUUUUGGUUGAGGUUGUUCUUGUAAACCUCAAACAGAAACAAACAGAUUCUGCUGUUUUGAAAAAUGUUUUGGCCUUCAUUAAAUUCUUAGAUGAAAGCCGUGGUGAUGCAUCUGAACGUUCUGUUCAAUUACAUUCCAACUUAGAACAACUUUUGAAAUUGUAUUCCAACUCAGAAUUGCAAUCUAUAUUACAAGAAUCUCAUAUUCUUCAGAAGAAACUCUCUGAGCAGAAGAAUAAUGGUGUUCGUUUUGAAUGGUUUGAUGGUCUUUUGGUUCAGGCUGUUGAAAAUGGUCACUGGCUUGUCUUGGACAAUGCCAACUUGUGUAGUCCUUCAGUCCUUGAUCGUUUGAACUCACUUCUUGAAACUAAUGGUACAUUGGUAAUUAACGAGUGCAGUUCUGCCGAUGGUCAACCACGUAACGUUAAACCCCAUCCAAAUUUCCGUCUUUUCUUAACUGUGGAUCCACGAUACGGCGAAUUAUCUCGUGCUAUGAGAAAUAGAGGUGUUGAAUUGUUUGUUGACGGGUUGGAUGAAAGAAUGACAACCUUUGACAUGAAAACAUCAGUUUCAUCAUUCGUUUCAACUCACCACUCUACUGAGAGAUCUUUCGCAUUAAUGCAAGAUAUGAUCGAUGCUAGUGGCACAGAUGAGACAUUGGUGAGCACAAUUGUAGGCACAUUACCAUUUGAUAAUGUGCCGUUAGCUAGUUCCUGGAGAGAUUUAGUUUUGAAAUCACCUGAAUUUGGCACGAAAUCUAAGACCUUUGCCCAAAAUCUUAUCGAUAUGUCUCAAAAUAUUGAUGUACGCGCGUUACAGACCGUGUAUUCAUCUGCUCUGGAAGAAUUGGCUGAAGGAAUUGUUGAGCCAAAGGAAAUCUUUUUCGAACAUCAAACUCUCCAUCCACUUCUCAAUAGUUACCUUCUUCAAGAGGUUAGUCCACAACCUACAUUUUAUUUCCUUGCUGCAGCUGGCGUUUGGGAAAUCAACUCUUUGGUUGAGCAACUUGAACAAAGGGCUCUUGGAAGAAAACUUGGUGAAUUGUCUUAUAUUGAACGUUCUACUGCAUUCCAAUUGGGUCGUAGUAUCAAAAAACCUCCUAGACUUAAUGUCUAUAGGUUUGUGGUACGGGUACAGGAAUUUAUUUCACUUCAAUUGAAAGACACUUCUUGUGAUUUCCAACGUCUUGCGGAUCUUCAACUUAUCAUGAAAUGUAUUCUUGACCACACUGCUCAGCUUGAUGAAUCUAAAUUCCGUGUUUAUCAGGAUUUAGUUAGACAAUGGAUUUCUCGCGAUGAAGAAAACCAAACCUUAAAUCCAUUAAAAGAAGCUGUUGAGUUACUUGGAGUAGAAUUGUCUCUUUCAACUGGGUCAUCUAUGGGUAAGAUAUGGGAGAAUUUCCGUAGCAACCACCCAUCUUCUGCUCUUGCUUGGAAACAAACACAAGAGCUUUUCAAAUUAGCCGAACAGUUCGACAAAGUCGCUAGUGAGCAAUUUGCGGACUCUGCAGAAGCUGUUUCGGCUUUACGCUCUGUCAUUGUUGAUUGUUAUACCGACAUUGUUAACACUAAGGAAGCUGUCGAUGAAGGUGUUUUCUUGAAGUUCUGUGAUGAUCUUUCUAGUGGAAUUGCUAAAUUAAAGGAAGUCUCAAGUGACUUUAUUAUUAAGCGUCAUAAUGUGUUCAAAUACGAGUUCUCUCUUCUUGCUAACUUUGUCGAAGUUGCCAAGUCUGGAGGUGAUCUUGCCACAUUAUCAGCACUUGCUGGUAGAUCCACUAUCAUGAAAUGUCAUGCAAGUAUUUCCGAAUCCGUUGAAUUCAGUCCAUACCCUAAGAUCUUUGAUAGUUUAUGGUCUGAUCGUACUUCCCAUGUUUCUGGUCUUUUCUCCAACGAAUUGAUUGAAAACUCAUUGUUUAAGACUGAGAAGCUUUCUAAUGGCCCAGGUAAGAAUUUAGAGCAAAACCUUAGUGAUAUUUCAACUUAUGCUAACCAAUUGAUUUCAGCUUCUCAAUCUUCCUUGAGUGAUACUAAAUUAAUCUUCAAGAAAUUAUUAGUCCGAUGGUUCGUUGAAAUCGCGAAUGUUCAUCUUGAUGAACAGAUUAUUGUCGAAGAUAUUUCCACAGAAACAAUUCGUCAAUACAUCGAACUUACUAGGUGUUCUGCUGAUGAAUCUUUUAUCGUUGUUGCCGAGAAGUAUCUUUUCCCAGCCUUAUUCUUAAUUAUUGAAUCUACUGAUGUGGGAACUUUAGGAAGAUCUUGGGUAUUGUUUGCUUGUGGUGCCAUCCAGUUGUAUGUUCCUAGUUCGGCUUUUGAUCCUGCUAUUGCUGACCAUGUAGUUUACUCUAGAUUUGAACGUCAUCAAAAACAUGCUCUAUCGCUUAUUGAGAAUUGGAGAGUUGCUGGAAGUGUUUUAUCUGGAGACAAAGAGAUCUUAGCUGAAUCCUUGUUGCCAGAAUCAGAACAGGCACCUGCCAAACCGCGGGUGUUCCGUCCAGAAAACUCUACAAUUGAUCAUCUUUUUGAUGAAUGGACUGCGUUUAUGACUUCAACUAUUGACGCCCAAGCAAUUGAGAGUUUAUUAGAAAAGGUCGAAGAAGAUCAACAACUUGAAAUGUUCCAAAACAAUUCAACUCAAUUUUUGGUUCGUUUGAAUCAAAGUUACUUUGUUUACUCUGAUUUGAACGAUAUUUUACGCGGGUUUGUUUAUGGUAUGAAGCUUGGUUUUGAUUUAAUUUCCAUGGAUGUGGAGCAACAACAAGCCAAAUACGGUGAACUUCACUCUACCACUUGGCCAGUUGAUGCUGUAAACUUGGCUAGCUCCAGCAAAAUCAUAAAGAAUUUUGAGACUGUGAAGGAUUUUGCUAAAUCUUUUAGUUUAGAUUCGCAAGUUCCUGAGCACACCAUGAUUUUCUUUAUCAGACUUUGCUUUGCUCAUGGCCCUGAAGCCUUACAACCUGUUCUUCAACAAGCUUUCCAAACUCUUUACUACAGAUGGUCAUUGCGCCGGAUGAAGAAAGAUGAAGAAGAAGCUGAACUGGGAAACUUAUACCGUUAUGCGGACCCCACCAGUGAUAUCGAGGGAGAUUUCAGAGCGUUAUUCCCAGACUUUGAGGAUGUAAUGGAUGAUGUAAACUUUGAAGGAAGUAGUAAGGGUGAUUUUGAUGAGAUUUACUCAGUCAUUGGUGAUAUUUACAUGUCAUCAUAUGCUGAUAACAAGUCAGAUUCACUCCCUCAGCUCGUGGCCGAAGGUAGCAAACUUCAUACUAUGUUACACGAACAUUCUAAGAGAUUUAAGAAGGGAAUUAGUGACCACUCUGAUUCUGCAUUGACUUCUUUUAUUUCCCUUUUAUCUACUUCAUUUAAUUCAUUCCGUAAUCCUGUUACUGAACUUGAUUUCUAUAGAGGAAGUUCUCCUUCUGAGUCUAAAAAGUCGAUUGGUAUUGUUACAUCCAUUCAAGCGGCAUCUCUUAAGUUACUUUCUCAAUGGCCCGAACAUGCUACACUUCAAAGUAUUGCUCGUACUACUGAGGAAUUUUUGACUUUCCCUAUUAACACUCCACUUGCUCGUCUUCUUCAAAAGAUUGAACAGAUCUACACUUACAUCUCUGAAUGGGAAAAGUUUGCACACAGUCAAGUGUCACUCAAAACCCAUUUUGAUACUUUAACACAUCUUAUUGUGUCUUGGCGUAAGUUAGAGCUUUCUACCUGGAAAGCUCUCUUUACUCAUGAAGAUUCCAUGGUUUCCCAAAGUCUCGGAAAAUGGUGGUUCCACCUUUUCGAGACAAUUGUGGUUCCAGAACAAGAUGAUGACCUUGAAGAAGAUGAAGAGAUUCAUGAAGAAGUUAAGGUGCUUGCCGCUUUGAAUGUUUUCAUGAGUCAAUCUACCUACGGUGAAUUCUGUCACCGUUUACGUCUUUUGAAGUCGUUUAAGAAUCAUGUGGGUACAAAUGGUGGUACUAAGUACCAAGCUCUUACCAACUUUAUCACUUUCUAUGAACAAUUUGUGCCUGUCGUUAGUGACCACAUUGCAGCUCAAAGAAAGAAGUUAGAGAAGGACGUUAAUGAGGUUAUCUUGCUUGCUAGUUGGAAGGAUGUUAACAUUGAUGCUUUGAAACAAAGUGCCCGUCGUUCCCACAACAACCUUUACAAGGUUGUAAGAAAGUAUAGAGCUUUGUUGGCUACCCCUGUAAGUAGUAUCAUUGAGCUGGGACUCUCUCCAGAAGUUAAGGUUAAAGCAAAUCUUUCUGAAUUGCCACCUUUUACUUUCUCUAAUGUAACCGAAAAUUCCGAAGUUUCAAAAAUUUGUUCUUCAGUUUCCUCAUGGAAUGAAAGACCAAAACGUCUUCAGAAUAUUGAUCUUGUUUCCAAGAACAUGUCGGUAUAUGUUAAGAGAGUAGGUGAUGAAGAAGUUCCAUCUCUUUACACAUACGCCAAGGAAUUGGUUGAAGAAAUGGAUAGACUUAGACGCGAAACCCCUAAGGAGUUGAAAAAGGACAACAAAAAGGUUAUUGCUGCAUUGUUGGUUCAAAAGCGUAAGUUGCUUAGUGACACUAUUCGUGAGCUUCGUAGAAUCGGGUUGAAGACAAGUCUUCGUGCUGAUAUUCACAAGAUGCAAGCCACCGUGAACUUGAUGUUGUGUAACAGCAAGAGUUUUGAAGAGCAACCAGCAUUACGUGGUAGUGAUGUUUACUAUUUCAGAAUUCUUGAUCUUAUGCCAAGGCUUCGUGCUGCUGUCGGUAGUCUUGCUGAAGAUGUACCACAGCCAGAUGCCGAAAAGGGUCUUGCAGCUGCUGAAAACCUUGUGUUUUCUUUAGCAACUACUCGUGAGCCUUUGUCCAAAUAUGCCGACUCUGUUGUUGAAAUGGAAAAGAUGGCUAAGUCGUUAGAAACUGUUACAAACUCCAGUUUAUUGAGAUCUUCGAUGGCAGAAUCUGCUCAUUUGACUGUUCAUAACAUUCAAGAAACACUUCAAUGGACUGCUAAGUUAAUUGAUUUUGCAAUUGAAUCUAUUCAAGCUGCUGGAACUUUCCAUAAGAUUGGCAGCUCCGCAUUAGAGGUAUUUUACAAUGCCAAGGGUACUAUUAGUCUGAUUUCAAAUAAGCUUGAUAAACACGAUCCUCUCGUUGCUACUUGCAACGAUGUUAGUUUGGUUCAAGAAUUUAGAGAAUUCAGCCUUCAAUUUGUAUCAACUUUGAAUGAGUGGAAGAUUGAAAACUUCACUCUUUCUUUUAUUGCUGACACCGUUUUACAAUGGAUGUCGAUUCAAGGCACUUCUGUUAUCAAUUCUAAUACUUCUGUUACCUCAGUAGAACACUUGAAGACUGUUGAAGAUGUUGAACUUUGUUUGAGAAACUUAUCCAACUCCAUCAUCCUUGCAGUCCAAAGAGUUACUGAAUGUCAAACUAAGUCUCAAGAAGAAGAUGACGCUGCUGAAGAUGAUGAUAACUGGUUGUUGAAAACUCAACAGCUCAUGAUGAAGUAUGUUAAAUCAACAAACCAUCGUAGAGUUUUGUAUCACUUUAACACUGUUUUGCAAGCAAUUGCUCUGGUUGAACAUAGUGAACAAUCAUCUAAGGUUACAGCUGCUCUUACUCAAUUUUCACUCCCACUUGUUAAACAUUACUUUGAUUUAAUCACCACUGUUUUGAAUAAGGUUAGAUCCAACUAUGUUGACAUGUCUAGAGGUACUUAUAUAUUGAGUUCAUCUCUCCAUAUUCUUGCAAGUAAGGGUUUCUGCUCUCCAGAACCUCCUACCGAACAAAAAGAAGAUGACAAUUUACAUGAUGGUACAGGAUUGGGUGAUGGUGAAGGUGCUACCAAUAACUCCAAGGAUGUCGAAGAUGAUGAAGAUUUGACUGAAGAUGCUCAACAACCAAAUGAGGAAGACAAGGAAAAGGAUGAAAAUGAAGAUGAAAAUGACGACGCUGUUGAUAUUGAAGGUGAUAUGGCUGGUGAACUUGAAGAUGCAUCUGACCAAGAUAAAGAUGAUGAAGAUGAAGAUGAAGAGGGAGAAGAUAUGGAUGAGGAAAUUGACGAUAUUGAUGACCUUGAUCCAAAUGCUAUUGAUGACAAAAUGUGGGAUGAAGAAGCACAAGAAGAUAGUAAAGAAAAGGAUACAGAAAACAUGCCAGACAAUUCUACUAAGGAUGAAGAUGACAUGAAAGCAAAUGAAGAAGAAGAUGCCAAGGAGAAUAAAAAUAAACCAGAGAAUAGUGAAGAUUCAAAGAAUGAAGAAGAGAAGGACGAAGAAGAGGACAAGGACGAUGGUGAAGAGGGAGAUGAUGAAAAGGACGUUGGUGAACAGGAAGACGAAGUUAAGAAUGAAGAAAAUGAACAACUUGAAGACAAUGUUCCGGAAACUGAUGCUUUGGAUCUUCCAGAUGACAUGAAUCUUGACUCUGGUGAUGAAAAGAGUGGUGAUGAUGAAGAAGAUGGCGAAGAUUUUGAUGAUAAGAUGGAUGUUGAUAUGGAGGAAGAUAAGAAAGAAGCUGAACAAGAAGAUGAAAAUGCUGGCGAGGAGGACGAAGAAGAAAUUGAUGUGAAUGCUGAAGCUGAAGCUGGUGAAGAAGAUGCUGAGGACCAAGAUGAAGAUGAGAAUGCGGAUCCCGAAGAAGAUGCCGGAGCUGACGGUGAAACUGCUGAAGAUCCAGCUGAAGAAGGUCUUGAAUCAGAUGAAGAGACUCUUGGUGAUAAAAACGAAGAUGAGAAUGAUGAAGAAGAAGGUGGAAAUGAUGAUGACGGAGAUCAGGAGAAGGCCGAAGGUGUUGAUGGUGCAAAUGAAGAUGCUGCUAAUGAAGAAAUGGAUGUUGAAUCUGCUGUAAAGCAAGAAUCUGGUGAAAAGGGUGAAGGAUCUGAUAACCAAGCUAUGGAAGAAAACACCGAUGUUGGUGCUACUGGAGGAGCUUCAUCUGACCCUCAACAAGAUAUGGAUAAGAAUGAGGAGAAGAACAAUGAUGACGAUGCUCGUGAUAUGGCAAGAGAGUCAUUGAAACAGCUUGGUGAUUCCUUAAAGGAAUUCCAUCGUCGUCGUCAAGAAAUUCAAGAAGCUUCUACUCGGGAAGAAGAAGAAGAGACCGAAAACAAAGCGAAUGAAAGGCCUGACGAGUUUGAACAUUUAGAUGGUGAAAAUGCUGACUUUGACACUCAAGCACUUGGAGCUGCUGAUCAAGACCAAGUCCAAUCUAUUGAUGAGGACAAGGCUAUUGAUGAUGAGGUUGAGGAUAACAACAUCAAGCAAGAAGAUGAGUCAACUGAUGAUACUGCUGCUAAGGAAAAUGAAGAUGAUAAGAUGGAAGUUGAUAAUGAAGAAGUUCCGGAGGUUGAAGAUAAACCAAAUGAUGAGCAAGAUGCUGACUUUGAAGGAAAGAAACGAGGAUUACUUGGUAACGAAAAGACUGAAGUGAAUGAAGAUGAUGAAUUCAACAUGAACGGCGAGUUUAUGGAUGUCGAUUCUAGUGAAGAUGAGGAAGUCGAAGGAUAUGUUGGAAAUGACGGUAUGUCUGAUUUGCCACCAAUUGAAAUCGAUGAGGCUAGAGAAUUGUGGAAGAAUAGUGAAUUAGCUACCCAAGAUCUUGCUUCUGGAUUGUGUGAACAACUUAGACUUAUCUUAGAGCCUACUCUCGCAACCAAACUUCGUGGUGAUUACAAGACUGGUAAACGUUUGAAUAUGAAGAGAAUUAUUCCUUAUAUCGCAUCUGAUUUCCGUAAGGAUAAGAUUUGGUUAAGAAGAACUAAGCCUUCCAAGAGACAAUAUCAAAUUAUGAUUGCCAUUGAUGACUCCAAGUCUAUGAGCGAAAGUAAAUCUACUGAACUUGCAUUCCAUAGUAUUGCUCUUGUCUCCAAGGCAUUGACUCAAUUAGAAUCUGGUGGUCUUUCUAUUGUUAGAUUUGGUGAAGAUGUCAAGGUUGUUCAUCCAUUUGACAGACCAUUCAACAACCAAGAAAGUGGUGCUCGUAUCUUCCAAUGGUUUGAUUUCCAACAAACCAGAACUGAUAUUACCCUGUUGUGUAAGAAGAGUUUGCAUAUUUUCGAAGAUGCAAAGUCUUCUUCCAAUGCUGAUCUUUGGCAAUUACAAAUCAUUCUUUCUGAUGGUGUUUGUGAAGAUCAUGAAACAGUACAGAGACUUGUCAGACGUGCCAGAGAACAAAAGAUUAUGUUGGUCUUUGUUGUUAUUGAUGGAAUCAAUUCUAAUGAGUCUAUCUUGGACAUGAGUCAAGUCAGUUACAACACCGAUCCACAGACUGGUACUUCCAAGAUGCAAGUCCGCAAAUACUUGGACACUUUCCCAUUCGAGUUCUAUGUUAUCGUUAGAAAUAUCAACGAACUUCCAGAGAUGUUAUCUUUGAUUUUGAGACAAUACUUUUCUGAAAUGGCUUCAGCUUAG